UGGGUACAGAGCCAAACGCCUAUCGGUUGUUGUAUAGUGGCCAAGAAGGCGGCAUCGGGCGCAAAGGGCGCGGUCGUCGCAGUCUCGUUUCUGAUACUCAAACAGAUAAUAAAGAAAAGAUGCCUUACGCUUUUCGAUACCGCGACUCUCAUACAAGUCGAGAACCACACUGAAUUCGGCAAUAAUCUCAAGUUCAAUCAACCAAAAACCCUAAACCUAAUGGAUACCAUCGUGAGCCAAGAGUCUGGGAAGAAACGUGAUAGUACAGCGAGUGAAAACAAACACGACAAAACGUCUCCACAUACAGGACAGCAAGUGGCUACGCAGAACAACGAAGCUUCAAACAACCCAGACGAUCCCGAACGCUCGAAUCAGAAUACAUAUGUCCGGGGGUUUCGGCUGAUCACCAUAACUACCGCCGUCAUGGUAUCCGUUUUACUCGUCGCGCUGGACAUCAACAUCAUCGCCACUGCAGUUCCGCGUAUCGCUAGCACCUUCAACAGCUUACAUGACAUCGGCUGGUAUGGUGCCGCCUACCUUCUCGCAGUAAUGGCGCUCCAGCCAACCUACGGCACAAUCUACACCCAUUUCAGUUUAAAAUGGACACUCGUAGCUGCCCUGCUCAUCUUCGGCAUCGGAUCCAUCGUCUGCGCAUUAGCCACUUCCUCUAGCGCACUGAUUGUCAGUCGGUCGGUCCAGGGUAUGGGCGGUGCUGGCAUCAUGGGCGGCGGGCUGAAUAUCGUGGCAGACCUUGCUCCACAGCAGAAACGCCCGCUGUUCAUGGCGCUUAUCGCGAGUGUGUAUGCUGUUGCUGGAGCGGCUGGACCAGUCAUUGGCGGAAUCUUUGUGGAUUCAAAGUUGACGUGGAGAUUUGCGUUUUGGAUCAACUUGCCAUUGGUGUUUAUCGCGUGCGUCAUCCUGAUUUUCUUCUACAAAGAGCCACAGAAAGAUCGAGGGGAAAAAACUCUGAAAGAUAGAUUGAAAGAUCUGCAAAUUCACACCUCGCUACUUCUCUCCGGCACUAUUGUAUGCUUGUUUUUUGCAUUACAGAGAGGCGGGGUAACACAUCCUUGGUCAAGCACACAAGUAUGGCCAUUCCUUCUCGCCUUCGCAGUAGGACUAACCAUCUUCGUGAUCCUCCAAAUCCAUCAGGGAGAAAGAGCAAUGAUACCCUCCCGCGUCAUCGGCCACCGCACAGUCUACACCAGCAGCAUCUACGCCCUAACCCUCCUCAUCGCCUCCUCGACAAUAUCCUACUACCUCCCCUUCUACUUCCAAGCCGCAAAAGGCGUCAGCGCCAGCCGCUCCGGAAUCUACAUCCUCCCCUUCGUCGUGACAAACUCCCUCGUAACAUUCGUCACCGCCGCGCUCAUCAGCAAAUUCGGACCCUACGCGUGGGCCAUGUGGACGGGCGCCGCAAUCCUGACAAUCGGAUGCGGAACGCUAUCUACGCUUUCCACGGAUUCCAGCGUAGCCGCAUGGAUCGGGUACCAGCUCAUCGCUAGUAUAGGGCUUGGGUUGGGGAUCCAAGUCCCCUUCACCGCGGUGCAAUCAUUUGGCGGGGCUUUGGCGUUGAGCAUUGAUCAGAAUAUCUUCAAUGUUUCUUUACGACGGUUUUUGGGGGAGAUUCAACCGAGCGUGGAUGUAGAUAGGGUGGUCAGCCAGGAUCCGGUUGAUGUGGUGAGUGGGGUUGCUGGGGGGCAGGUUGGAGAUGUUAGGGAGGCAUAUGCGAGGGCGCUGAGGCUGGUUUUGAUUGUGCCGGUUGUGGCUUCUGGGGUUGCUUUUUUGGCGGGGGUGGCGACUGAGAAGGGGAGUGUGAAGGCUGAUGAGCAUGUGGAGUGAGGGUUGGAUGUUUGUGUUCCAGUGGAUUGGAGUUGUUCGAUUGCGAGGGCCUAGUUCGUCGAGGGCAGAGGAUGGUGGCUGCACUGCUUGGAUUUUGCAAUAUUUCUCUUUGUAGUGUCUGAUAUCGAGUUUUCAUAUAGUAGAU